CCUCCCCGCUCCUCGGCGGCUCUGCCCGGUGCUUGCGGUCCCGCUCCCCGCCGGGCUGCGGGGCGGGCGGCGGGGUGAGCUGCUCCCCUCCGCGCCUCUCCGCGCUCCCCCCGCUCUGCCCUCGCCAUGCCCAGAGCCUUCCUGGUGAAGCGCCGGAGCCCGCAGCCGGCGGUGCGCAGCUGGGAUGGGCUGCCCGACGAGGAGAGAGCCGACACCUACAUCCCAGCUGCAGGCGGGCUCGGCUCCGUGCUGCUCAGCUACGAGGACAGCGGCAGUCUGGAGAGCAGUGGGAGCAGCGGGACCCGGGACGCGGAGCCCAGCGACCCCCCGACACCCCAACCUGGCCCCGGUGCCUUGGGCGCUGCUGGGGGGAUGCUGCUGGACCUGGCUGUCAAGCGCCCCGUGGUCAGGUCGAAAAUCAAGUUUACCACUGGCACCUGUACCGAUGCUACGGUGCAUAGCUGCGAGCUGUGUGGCAAAGGCUUUCGCUUGCAGCGGAUGCUCAACCGUCACAUCAAGUGUCACAGCCAGGUGAAGAGACACUUGUGCACUUUCUGUGGAAAAGGCUUCAAUGACACCUUUGAUCUGAAAAGGCAUGUCCGGACCCAUACUGGAAUUCGUCCUUACAAAUGUGAGGUUUGCAACAAAGCCUUCACCCAGCGCUGCUCCCUGGAGUCCCACCUUAAGAAGAUUCACGGCGUGCAGCAGCAAUAUGCCUACAAACAGAGGCGAGAUAAACUUUACGUGUGUGAAGACUGCGGCUACACAGGCCCCACGCAGGAGGACCUGUACCUGCACGUCAGUAACAUUCACCCCGGAAGUGCUUUCCUGAAAAAAACCUCCAAAAAACUUGCAGCGGUUUUGCAAAACAAACUGAGCCCUGUCCUGCAGAGGAACUCCAAAGAUGAUGACAAAGAUGAGUAACACGGUGGAUUACAGUCGUCUAAAGGAAUGAAGUUUACAUGUAGGACUAUAUAUAUGUUAUUUUUUUAAAAAACAAUUUUGAAAGAAAUCCCUGAAAUGAAAGGGACGCUUUUGUUAAUGGGACUCUCUUGAUGUUGGUAGAACCUCAACUUGAAAGAAAUAUUCCCAUUUACGAUGCAAACGUCAGGGUUUUUCAUCCGGCCAAAAAAUUGGAAAGCUUGGAAGAGGCUAUCACCUCUUGGAUGGAGUAUUUACUGAACUGACAUUCAGACACCCUGUCUUCUGUUUCAGCUCUACCACACGUCUGAGUGGCCAUUGACAAAUAAAUUCACCUUUCCCCAGUGUAUUUUGUAAAGAUUAUAACGAUUACCUCCCAUACAAAUUACUUUUGAGGGGUUUGGGUGAAAAGUGCUGUGUAAGAGCAGCUACUGGUAUAUUGUUCCAUGCAAAAUGAAUUAAAAUGGUCUUAAGAACAGGAGUAUGUUGUAUCGGUAAAUAAGUUAAAACGUGCAAAUAAUCUUAACUCUGUCCCCAGUGCCAUACACUAACAAUUUAUGGAAGCAUGAUCCAAGGUGAGCUGAAAUUUUUUUUUUAAAGGAUGCAGAACUUUUUCCUCCCAAACUUUCUCUACCAGCGAAUGACAUUAUUUCAGGGCAGAUUUACGGUCGUGUUUUAGGUACUUUAAGCUGUGAACUUACUUUUAUCAUGUCUAGAUUUAACUGUAACCUUAACUCUAAUGUUCCAGGACUUGUCACACUCACUUUGAGGAUUAUUACCGCAUCCUUUUAACCUACAUCACUAUCAACCCAGAAACCCAAAGAGAACACUUUAAUGACUUGAAGAUAUGUAUUUUCUGUCAUGCUGAAAUGCAGUUUUGUGUGUAUUUUAUGGUGUGUGUGCGUGUGUUUGAGGAUUUUUCUCUUUUUAAUGAUCAAGUGCCUGAUCACUAAUACAACAGAGCAGUGCAAUGCAGUGAAAAGGGAGACUCAGCCUGGUUUUGCCUCCUGCGAUCGGUGCAAAACUACAGGCACGAAUCUGGCUCCUAGCGCAACUGAUGCUACAAGGGAAGGGGGUGUUGAUGAUGAUGAGGGACUGGUGGUACUGCUCGGUGCUUUUGGCCUUCCCCUGUAGCCCUGCUCCAGCUCCUUUUGAGCCAGAACCACCGAGAGGGUAGCCUAUAGGGACUACUGAGUGUGAAUUCAGGGAUUAAAAGAAAAGGGGAGAGGGAUGCCCGUGUAACUCACGUUGCUGGGACAGCUUGACAAUAAAACUCUUCAGAGGCUGCUGCACGCCUGGGUGGCUGUAGUAGGGGUGACAGAGUGGGGUGGUAAUUUCCUCAGCAACCACGAGGUACUCAGGUCCAAGCACUUGCUAUUCAUCUGUCUCUUGACUUAGUGGACACAGCUGCUAAACAGGUUUUACAUCAAUUUAAACCUGUGAAAUUAAAUCGUAAAUGCCAAAAAUUCAUUUCGUGCUCAAUAUAAAGCUGUACAUUUGGGGAGGAUAUGCUGUAUUCUAUACAUGUUGAAACAACAGCUGAAAAGUAACACCUAAAAUACAGUCAUAGCCAGGACCUUCACAAUCAUUACUACUAAAAUGAUAGAUUCUGAGUGUCUCUGCAAAAACUAAAAUCUUCUCAAUUUGCCUCAGUUUUAUACAGGCAUCUGCUUGGGUUUUUGUGGGGAAAAGCUUCUAGGGGUUUUAAAGCAUUUAUAAUGAUAUGAAUACUUUAUUCGAGCACAACUGUCAGAGCUUGGGACCUUGAAAAUGAGAAUAAUAAAGUGAUGCUACUGUGUAAAGAA